AUGGAUGAAGAAAAAUUGAUUUCAAUACUACAGCAAUGUAAUUCGGAAGAUAAUGAAUUACGUGCUGCAGGUGAAGAAGCUAGACUACAGCUGCUUAAUAGUGAUCCAAAUACAUUUAUUGCAACACUUUUAAAUUGUAUUUUAUCAGACAACUACAAAAUCCUUCGAAACUACAUGUUUGUUCUUUUAAUAUCCAUAUUCAAGCACAUGAAACAUAUUAUUUCUAUUGAGACCCUAUUAAAUUUUUAUAAUUUUCUCAAUUCCAACAUGUCGCAGCUAUUAAAUUCGGCAUUGUUUGAUGAUUUAGAGAAAUCAUGGACUUGCGAACUAUUCUCAUAUGUUAUUGCUUACAUCCAUCAAUUAAAUGAAGCAAAUGAUUUUGAUUUCAAUGCUCUCAUUAAUGAAUUUUCCUCUCAUAUACAACCUCAAUUCUACUUAUCAAUCAUAUCACAAGCGCUUGAUUUAUCACCUGAUUUCUGCAAUAUUGAUUUAAAUCUUUUAUUAAGCAUUAUUGCAGCCAAUUCUUCUUGCACCAAAGAUAUAAUUCAAUUAUACUUCUCUAUCAUUGCAAAAUUAUCCGAUGAUGAAGUCUGCAAAAGCCUCUUUCCUCAAAUUUUGGAAAUUAUUUCAAAUUCCGAUCUGACAGCCUCCUUCGCAGUUAUCUGUAGAUUCUGUGAGAAAAAUGCGGGCUUUUUACAGUAUAUAAUUGUAGAUUUGGCAAGAUUUGUAUCAAAUGUCAUUUUGAAUAUGGAUAACGAGCAAACAAUCAUCACCGGAAUAUUUGUUUUCUCAGAUGCAGUCAUAAACAACCCAGAAAUCUGCAUAAAAUCAUUCGAAUUCAUAGAUAUUUUUUGUGAUACGUUUAUUACUAUUAUAAACCACAUUGAUUACAUAGAAGAUGCAGAUGAAAGCUCAAACUCAAUAUAUUCCAUAGCAAUGAGUGUCAUAAAUCCAAUUAUUGAAAUAAUAUUUUGUUCCAUGGGUCCCAAGAUCCUUUCUUUGGUCAAAACUGUCACAGAAAACACCGAGUAUUUAUAUGGAUUCCUUAUGUUCCUUGGAGAAAGUAUCAAUUGCUUUACAUCAGAAACAACACAAGAAUUAAAGCAAUUGAUACUAUCGGUGAUAGAAGAAGACCUUUCAGACAAUCUCCGGUACGCUGUGAUGAAAAUAUUCUCUCGAAUUUCAUCAACCUUAUUAGAAGAUCCAAGAUUUUUCGAAUAUUUGGUCAGCGGCAUCAAUGAUAAAGAAGAUGAGAGGAUCAUGAACUUGGCCCUCAUAGCACUUAAAAAUUUGAUAAGUAUAGCCCUCAAAAGUUUUCAUAGCAUUAACCGAAUUAUAUAUGGACAGUCUAUUGAAGAAGUUCUAUUACAGGUCCAAGAAAUAAUUCUGAACGCAUUCAAUUUCGCUCAAACCGAAAAAGUUGUGGGAAAUUUGAUCGGCGUGUUAUCGGAAAUUUUUAAUAAUAGAAUUGAUGAAUUAGAUGCGGAAGAAGUCCUUGGACUAUAUGAACAAUUUUAUAACCAAUAUAAUUCAUCUCCUGUUGUGAUUUCGAAAAUUCUUGAAGUAUUACCGAAAAUUUUCAUGAACUUUAAAAAGAAUAACGGUGAACUCGUUAAUGCUAAGGCUUCCCAGUUCUUCCAUGCUUGUUUGGCCGCUUAUGACUCUCAAAAUCUUGAUCCUCAAACACAAUACGUAUAUAUGAACAGUCUGUUGAAGAUGUUAGACUAUGUUGAUUCAGACAUCGAUGAAUCGCUUGGAUUUUUGUAUCACGGAUGCAUGAAUUUGUUGUCUGAAGAAAUUGAACCAAAAGAAGUCGACAAAAAUGAAGUGGUCGACCCAGUAGUGUUUUAUACUUUGAUAAAUAUUAAGGAUGGCACUAAGUAUGUCAUAGAAAAGGCUGCUUCUGAUGGUUUAUGCGAAACAAUGGAUAAUUUGAACAAAAUUAUUAAAAAGGAUAUAGCAGAAGCAAUAUUAGUAGCUAAUAACUUCCAAGAAUAUAAUAAUUUUGUUCAAUUUUAUUUGAGAUAUUUGUUUUCUGAAAAAUAUCUUGAAAAUUUCUUUAGUCACUCAUUCAAAGGUAUGGUAAAUCUCCUGAAAAGGAUGAGAAGCGUUGAAGGAGCCGAAGAAUGUGUUAAUCAGCUGAAAAAUAUAAUUUCGGACGCAAUUCAUUAUCAAAAAGACGUUCACAACACUACAAUUGAAUUCUAUAGAAUCAUUAAAACCACCUGCAAGUUCGUCCAAUUGGAAAAAGGCUUUAUUUUGGAAAAAGAAAAUUUAUUUGAUGAUAUUCUCGAUAUUUUGUACAAAUCGAUACGUUUCCAGUAUGAUUUGUAUAACAAUAUGUCUGCUAAUGAAGACGACAGUAUCGAUUACUAUACAUAUUUCGCAAAAAACAUGAAAGAUGAAGAAUCUAAAGAUUUUAUCAAAUUAUUGGGCAAGAUAUCGCGAGAACGUGUUGAACCAUGGUUCAGAGAAAAGAUCUUCCCCCUUAUUUUGCAGACAAUCGAUUGUGAAUUGUCUAUUAAUGUUGAAUUAUUGUUUAGUUUCAUUCUUUUGGACCCAGAAUGUAACAUAUUCCUCGAAUUACGUGAAAUGGUCUACAAGUUCAUGAAUAUUUUCUAUCAGCAUAUGGAAGAAGAAGAUUCGAAUUAUGCUGAGUCGGAAUUAUACAAAAAGUACCGAAAUAAUGGUUCCUUACAAAAGAUUGCUAUUCCAUUCUUCGCGAAUCUGUGUGAUUUCGUAUUAUCCUACAACCAAAACCAAGAAAUAAUUCUUGAUUUGGUCGAACACCUGAAAGACCUCACAUUUAACACAAUCCCUGAUAUCCUUGAUGGUACGGACUUACCAAACGUGUUCAUGAUCAUUUUCGCCAAGUAUUCAUCGUAUUUCACUGAAGAUGACUUGAAAGAAAACAUUGACUUCAUUACAGAGCAAUUUAUCAUAAACUUCAACCUAGAUUUUUACGGUAGCUAUGGCUGGGCUUGUUUAUAUUUACUUUCUGACUGGUUAUUGAAAUAUCAGGAGAUUUUCUUUGAAGAUUACCAGCAGGCGAGCGCAGUGAAUGAAUCAACAAUUGUUGAGAACUUUUUGACUAGAAUUGUCCAAGAUGAAUCAUUUAAAUACAAAUUAUCUUUUGAAUACAUCAAAGUAAUGAAAAGAUUCAUUCAAGUAUCUCAUAAAUUUCCAUGGGUAUUGGAUGUAAUGAAAAGAUUCUAUAAAAAUGCACAAGAACAAAAUAAAUUCUCAUAUCAAGUAAAUGCUGAUCAAGUUAGUAACUUCAUUGGUAAAUACAACUACUAUUGCCAAGAAAUGAUUAAUGAGCAUAACAAACAAGCUCAAAACCAAUAA